UAAAAAUCGCGCUCCGCCCUCCCCCCCCCCCGUCGCCCCUUGAGCCUCGUCGGGCACCGUCCCCGCCAUCCCCGCCAUCCGCAGGCCCCGACAUCGCGACAAAAACCUACCAAGACUUCUGACCACAAUGAGUUUGCGGAAACAAACCCCAAGCGAUUUUCUGAAGCAGAUCAUCGGUCGCCCUGUGGUGGUGAAACUCAACUCAGGGGUGGAUUACAGAGGGGUUCUGGCCUGCCUCGAUGGCUACAUGAACAUCGCCCUGGAGCAAACGGAAGAGUAUGUCAAUGGACAACUAAAGAACAAAUAUGGUGAUGCCUUCAUCAGAGGAAACAAUGUCCUUUACAUUAGCACCCAGAAGAGGAGAAUAUGAGGUGCAAGUUACAACAAGAUCCAGCAGUGAAAAAAAGAAAAGGAUCAAAUCUGUGCUCUGAUGUGCAUCACCUGUAUUUUACUUUUUGAAAAAUAUCAAGAAUUUAGUAUUUUUAUAUUCUUUGUAAAAGUGCAAGGUAGUUAUUUACUGCAUCUAAAGUCAAACCAUUUUUUGUCAAUCUAAA